GGAGGGGAGGCAAGGCAAGUCUCCUUGUUUUUUUCCUGUUUUAUUUCAUUUGAUCCGCCAUUUUUUACUUCCAUGCUAAAUUUCUACGAUCAUUCAUACAGAUGAUUACUGUAUAUGCCUACUUCUGUUCUUAUUUGACAGACUCAAAGAACUUCAAUGACAGACAUGAAUGGAAUGAGCACACCAAAUAAGGAGCAGGAGAAGAAACAAAAUGAUGCAGAAAACCCCAAGCUUGAUAACAAUCCCAGAAUCUAUGAUGAAGAUAGUAACAUAAAUUCAGCUCCAACUGCGUAUGUGAACAUGGAAGCCAUUAUAACAGCUGAUGAUGUUGUUCGAGCCGGAGGAUUCGGUGCUCGAGAUGAUAUCGGCAGUUUUCUUCCAGUUGCAGCAGAUUCUACUGACUUCGAAGCUUCACUUCUUGAAGCACAAGGCUUUGAAGAACCACAGGAGGAAAAGAAAAGGCCUGGUCUUGGUUGGACUGAAGCAAUGGAGAAAUAAUUGCUACUUUUGUUCUUGUUAGUUAAAUUCUCUCAUAUUUUGGUUUUUCCCAGUUAUGUUUGUUUUUGAAAUGAAAAUUUUAAUGGAGAAAUAAACCUUUGAUGUGAUCAAAUAGUUUUCUUUUUGCUAUU